AUGAUGCAUGGUCGCGACUGGAAGGACUUCGAGAAGAGAGGCCUUGGCAACAAGCUCUUUCUUCGUCGACGAUUCUUUACAACUAUGAUGGAAGAAGGUGAUGAUAUUCUAGAACACAUCAACAAGCUCAAGACGAUAGCGGAGCAGCUCGAAGCUGUGGGUGCUCCAGUAAGCAAGAACGACUUGGUUAUCACACUUCUUGAAAGUCUUAGUGAGACCUACCAAUUUCUUAUAACAGCAUUGGAAUCGCGUGCGGAUACUUUGACGUGGGAGGUGGUGACAUCACGGCUUCUACACGAAGACAUAAAACGCAAGGAGCAGGGCGGUGAUGGAGCAGCGCCUGAGCAAGCGUUUAUGAUGAAGGAUGCGAAGCGCAAAGGACGACCGGCGAAGAAAACUGGUGCGUGCCAUAAUUGCGGGAAACAAGGACACUGGAUCGCGGAGUGUCCCUCGCGAGUCCAGAAUGAUACUGAUCGAUAUCGAUUGCAGCGAGCAAACAUCACACAGUUUGAAGACUCCAAUAACUAUCUUUUCUCAAUUGGCGGUAGCAGUGACUCUGUCAAGGCGAAUGAUGUAUGGCUGGUCGACUCGGGAGCGACUCAGCAUAUGACAAGCUCGAAUAAGUUCAUGAGGAACUACAAGGCCUUUUCUCCUGUACGUACAUCUGGCAAACGACGGCGUCGUACAAGCUAUCAGCAGCGGCGACAUCGUCAUGUCAAUGAAGACUUCACACGGAGUGAAGAAGGGUGUGUUGACAAAUCUGCGGCACAUCCCCAAGUUGUCAAGAAAUUCAUUCUCAGUUGGACGCUUCACUAA